AUAUACAAAUCAUUCAUAAAAAAAUAUACAAAUCACCACAAAACAUUUCCUUCAAAACCCAAAACAUGAACCUACAAUUCCUCAUCUUCUCUAUUUUCAUCUUCACAAUCGCCACCAACAAUCUUCCCGUAACAUCCCAAUCACUUCCUCCGCUAGCCAAUACGCCGCUAAAAAAACUAAACAACGAAACCAUAUACAAAAUCUCCAAGCAACUCUGCUGGAACUGCAUCGGAGAGUCACUCCAAUUCCUAUUCACACAUAAUUUAGUACGCGCAACAAAGUGGGAGCUGCCACUAAUGUGGGAUUUCCAGCUCGAAAAGUACGCGAAAUGGUGGGCCGGAAUCAGAAAACAAGACUGCGAACUGGUGCAUUCAUUUCCAGAAGGGGAUUUCAAGUUAGGAGAGAAUAUUUAUUGGGGAAGCGGCACGAGUUGGGGAGCGAGUGAUGCGGUGAGUGCAUGGGCGAGUGAGGAGAAGUAUUAUAGCUAUGGAAGUAAUUCAUGUGAAGAAGGUGAAAUGUGUGGGCAUUAUACGCAAAUUGUGUGGAAGACGACGAGGAGAAUUGGGUGUGCUCGUGCUGUUUGUGACGAUGGAGAUGUGUUUAUGACUUGUAAUUAUGAUCCUCCUGGUAAUUAUAUUGGUGAAAGGCCUUAUUAGCUAAUGCUCUAUAUAAUUGAGUUUAAAUUUAAUUAUUUAGGUGAUAUGGGUAUUAUUUAAGUUACUUUUUUUGGAUAGUAUGUUAAAAAUAGAUUAUAUGUUGGAUGCAUUCAAUUGAUUCCACAGUUAUUUAUAUGAAGAGGCGGGUGAAUUUUUUUUAGGUGAA